GAUCCGCUUCUUCAGAGGGCGCCUCUAGAAGAAAGUGCUUUUAGAAAAAAGAAAUUUUUACAAUUUGGCCGUUCUUAAAUUCCUUUCGGGUGAAAUACACACAAGUACAUUUAAUUAAUUGUUUUUUUUUAUUGACAUUGAAUUUUUCAAUCGAACAUGUUGUGAUGUAUGCGGUGUUCAAAGAAACGAUAAUCAGUUCUUUUCGUGUAGCGAGGUAAGGUGUGGUUGAGGUUAUAUUACAAGCCAGUGCUAGGUAGAUAAUUUUAAGUAAGCGUGCGCGUGCAUUAUCGGUAAGUUAUUAUUUCAAUUAGUGUGACACGCACCACGUUUCGUUGCGUCAUGUUACACGAAAGAAGGGCGAUUAAUACGGAAGAUAAAUAUCGUACAGUAAAUGCGGAUUAAGAAGAUUCGAGAAAGAUACGUGAUAGUAACGAUGCCUUCGGAGAUGAGGUCGAUCAGCAGAAGCGAUUGGAUCACAGUAGCCGUUCUGUGUUUCGUAAAUCUUAUAAAUUAUAUGGAUCGCUUUACAGUUGCUGGUAUCUUGAAUGAUAUCAAGCAUGACUUUGACAUUACCAACGAUAAGUCAGGAUUACUACAAACUGCAUUUAUUUUGAGCUAUAUGGUGUUUGCACCAUUAUUUGGAUAUUUGGGAGAUCGCUACAAUAGAAAAUUUAUUAUGAGCAGUGGUGUAUUUCUGUGGUGUCUGACAACAUUGGUUGGUUCUUAUAUGAAUACAUUCGGAUGGUUCCUAUUCUUUAGAGCACUCGUUGGUAUAGGCGAGGCAAGUUAUUCCACAAUUGCUCCAACUAUAAUUAGCGAUUUAUUUGUGAAAGAUGUGCGUUCGAAAAUGCUCGCCCUUUUCUAUUUUGCUAUUCCAGUUGGAAGUGGUUUAGGAUAUAUCACAGGAGGUGAAACAGCCCGUAUCACCGGUCACUGGCAAUGGGGGUUACGUAUUACCCCUGUAUUAGGUGUUGUAGCAAUAUUUCUGUUACUAACUGUUGUAAAAAAUCCAAUUAGAGGUGAACGAGAAGGUGGUGUUCAUUUGACUAGUACAACGUGGUCGCAUGAUAUAAAGCAGUUAUCGAAAAAUCCAAGCUUUAUGCUCUCUACAGCAGGAUUUACUUGCGUAGCAUUUGUAGCUGGUGCUUUGGCAUGGUGGGCGCCAAUGUAUUUACAAUUAGGUUUUCAAUUACACCCUGACGAUAUGAAUGUUGAUCCAGAUGAUGUUGCAUAUAAAUUUGGAUUAAUUGGUAUGGCAUCUGGUUUAAUAGGAGUACCUUUAGGUUCCGCAUUAGCGCAAAAAUUACGAUGUUAUUGGCAACAAGCUGAUCCUCUGAUAUGUGCUAUAGGUCUUCUAAUAAGCGCACCUUUAUUAUUCUUCGCUAUGAUUACUGCCAAUACAAACUCUAUUCUCUGUUACACAUUAAUAUUCUUUGGCCAGUUGUCGUUGAACUUGAACUGGUCUAUUGUAGCAGAUAUGUUAUUGUAUGUAGUAAUUCCUACAAGAAGAUCUACAGCAGAGGCAUUUCAAAUACUUAUCGCACAUGCUUUUGGAGAUGCAGGCAGUCCCUAUCUUAUCGGACUCAUAUCCGAAGGUUUGAAGUCCCUGUAUCUUCCGAAUUUAGCUAUAAAGGAUCAAGAGCAAUCUGGUGCUUACGAUGAUCAGAAUAUAAGCGUCGAAUUCCGUAGUCUGCAAUAUGCGAUGUUUCUUACAAUGUUUGUAGAAGUAAUCGGCGCCCUGUUUUUCUUCCUGACAGCAUUGCAUAUACAGCAAGAUAAAGCACUAGUAGAUCUUGCUAUUGCGGGUGGAAGCGUUUCAGAUUCGAUAUGUAUUUGUAACGAUGCAGUUGACAGCGAAUUACAAAACGAUCGGAAUACGAUAUUAGAAUUUAACAGGCAUCACGAGGACCCGUGUCAUUAGAAUAAUAUAGAAACUUUAGUAGAGUGCACAGCUAUUUUAAAGACUAUAUUGUAAAGUCCUAUUAAAUAUAAAUAUGUUUGUUUA